GUUCAAGGAGACCGGGGCGAGGUGGCUGAGGGCACCUCGUCAGGGUCGGGGCGACAGCAAUCAUGCCGGGGAUAGUGGAGCUGCCCACUCUGAAGGAGCUGAAAGUGCAGGAGGUGCAAGUCAGUUCUUCUGUGCUUAAAGCUGCAGCCCACCACUAUGGUGCUCAGUGUGAUAAGCCCAACAAGGAGUUCAUGCUCUGCCGCUGGGAAGAAAAAGAUCCGAGGCGGUGUUUAGAGGAAGGCAAGCUUGUCAACCAGUGUGCUUUGGACUUCUUUAGGCAGAUAAAGCGUCACUGUGCGGAGCCUUUUACAGAGUACUGGACCUGUAUUGAUUAUUCUGGCCUGCAGUUACUUGGUCGGUGUCGCAAACAGCAGGCAAAGUUUGAUGAGUGUGUGCUGGACAAACUGGGCUGGGUGCGCCCUGACCUGGGAGAGCUGUCAAAGGUCACCAAAGUGAAAACAGAUCGACCUUUACCCGAGAAUCCCUAUCACUCAAGACCAAGACCAGAGCCCAACCCUGAGACAGAAGGAGAUCUGAAGCCUGCCAAACAUGGCAGCCGCCUUUUUUUCUGGGCCACAUAAAGAUGGGUCCAUGGCCCAUGCUCAGUCACACGCCCAGACAACCACUGAUGCAAACUCUCGUGCAGUUAGCAUUGUCUGAUAGUGUGUUCUUUCCGGGAUCACACACAGAAAAGUUAAUUUAUGUGACUUGGCAGUUAUUCUAUACCAUUUCCUGGUCAUUAAAAAUUUUAAAGGAAA